CCCAUACAUAAGAUAUUUUGAAAAUCGGUUCGAUUAGUUCUUAUGUUCUGUUGCAACCAGACAUAGAUCUUUCUUACUUUUCUUAAAUAUUGCAUAUAAGGAGAUACAAAUAUUAUUCUUUUGACAAACGAUAUUGAAAAUGGGGGUUAGGAGGUUAUUAGUUUUAAACUUGUCACUAUUUCUAAUUUUUUCGUUUAAUAAAGUUUUAAAAUUUUCCAAUGGUUUAACAGACCAAAUGAGUCGUGAGAGAUACGAGUUUAGUGACAAAUUUUCAAUGACUCAACACAACAACACUUGCAAAUUAAGCGCGUGUGAAGUUUUGAAUUACUUAUCUACACAAUUUGUAAAGGUAAAAACUUUCAUUGAUAGUGAUUUUGAAAGAUGGUUAAAAGUUAGUUCCGGGGAUGCUUUAAAUUCACCCAUAAAUCUUGAAAUGGUAAAUCGAGUACGCCAGAUUGAAAACAGGUUAAGAUCAAUAGAACAACCAGUCUGGCGUCUAGUUUCAGCAAGUCAAAGAGAGUGGAACCGAUGCACUUCAGGAGUAUGUCGCUGUUCUCCCGAAACUAAAAGCUUUACAUGCUGGAAUGCAAAUUUUAUAUCUUUACCUGUUUCACAAGUAAUACCAAUGAAUAUGGAAUCAAUUGACCUUUCAAGGAAUCAUUUUUCAACUUUCCAUAAAGACACUUUUCGUGGUUUGACUUUGCUGAAAGAACUGGACCUAUCCAAUAACAUUCUAAACUUUAUUCCAGCGAAUCUCUUUCAAGACCUAGAUAGUCUCUUACAAUUGCGGCUUCAAAACAACCAUUUGGAGAACUUAGCUUCAGUAACAUUUUGGAAGCUUCGUAACUUAAAUUUAAUAGACAUUAGCAAAAACCUGUUAUCCGAUUUGCCAACAAACUUAUUCGGUCAUAGCCAACUUUUGAUUGUCAUUAACUUAAGCCAAAAUAGAAUACAACAUUUUUCACCGGAAUUACUUCGGGAUCAAUUAGUGCUAGAGGACUUAGACCUGUCUCGGAAUGAAAUUUUGGAACUUCAAUCUGGAUGUCUAAAAAAUUUAAAAACUCUAAAAAUGAUCGAUUUUUCUUUUAACUUUAUUUCAAGCAUUUCGGAUGACUUCUUUUCUGACCUGAAGAACCUGCGGAGCUUGAUUCUCCAUAAUAAUCGAAUUUCAUCGCUGUCCAUGGAAUUAUUAAAAAAUUUGAAAAGCUUAAUUAGUUUGGAUCUAAGUACAAAUCGAAUUUCGAAGAUUGAUGGCAAUGCAUUCUCCGACCUAAAAAAUUUGCGGGAGCUGCUCUUAGGACAAAACUAUCUUUCUGACAUACCCGAUGGUUUGUUUAACAAUGUGAAUUCAUUAAUAAGUCUUAAUUUGUUUUCUAAUAAUCUUACUACGAUUGAGUCAAGUGAUUUUCAAGGAUUAGUUAUUUUAGAAAAACUUAUGCUAAACAACAACAUACUAAAAAAGAUGGAAGACGACGUUUUCACGCCUAUGGGAAAGUUGGAAAAAUUACGAAUUGACUCGAAUAAAUUGCAAUAUUUACAAAACGGGGCGUUCAGUAGUUUAAAAAAGUUAGUCGCAGUCAAACUGGAUAAGAAUCCCUGGCAUUGUGAUUGCAAGGUUUUGUAUUUAGCGCGAUGGAUACGGGAGUUCUCUGGAAAAUUGUGGGAUGGUCAAGUGGCGGUAUGCCGCGGACAUGGCAGUCUUGGUGGACACGAAGUAGGUUUUCUUCGAUACGAUGACCUUUGCGAAGGACAAUGGGCCAGUAUGUUGUCCUUAUCUCCAAGACUUCCUUUAAGAAAACAUCGCAUUAUGGCUCAUAUGAACUAUACAACAUAUUUUAAUUUAUACUUGAGCCAUAUAUAUACGACUACAAUCAGCGGCAAUUAGUGUUAAUUAGACGUGCAUUUAAAUGUUUCAUUUUGGUACUAAAGUCAGGGUGAAUCCGUUUAACACUAAUUCUUAAUGUGUUGGCUCUUUUAAUGUAAUAAACAGCUUUUUCACAUAUAAAAAUUUAAAUAAUAAUAUUUAUAUAGCCAUAUAUAGUUCUUUAUAAAUAUACGAAACACGAUUGUAUAGUUUAUGAGUAAAUUUGUAUGAAAAAAUAAAAAUAUUAUAAUAGUUAAGAUUCGAAACUACAAAGUAAAUAUGUAAACAAUUAUGAAAUAAUUGUUUUUAUUUUAAUGGGUAAAUCUUUGAAGAGCACUUAAAACUUUUGCUAAAUACUGUUUGGAAAUUCCACUAUUUUCAACAUAUUAAGUCGAUUUUUUCUAAUAUAAUCUAAUUGUUCUAGAUAGACAUAUUGGAGUAUGAUACAAGUCCUCUUUGAAUUUUUGUUCCAAGCCAACGCAGUCGGAACUUAAGUAUCGAGCAAGAAAUCAUAGAAAAUGUAUUGUGUUGUUCAAGGUACAAUGAUGGUGAGUGCGUUCAUUAAUCAAAGCCUUUAGAUUUUCUGUCACAACAAUACGCUUUCUAUAAUUUUGACAUCAAGCAAACAAAUUUUAAUUCAAAAAAAUUAGAAGUCAAAAUAAAAAUAAAGACUACCAAAUUCAGAAUAUGUUCCAGAUCAUAGCUUUAUAGCAGUUUGUUCGGGUUAUGUAAAUUAAAUUGCUAAAAAGGGGCUGAAAUUCCAAAAUGUCUAUACAGCCUAGUGUGGAGUUUAGGUUUUACUCUGGUAUCGCUACACAUACCUUUAAUAAUUGGUCCCCAAGAUUCUUAAAUCUUAGACCGGUUCGACCAGAGGAUGAGAAGAGGUGGUUUGUAGAGUGUGUGGAACCUUGGGAACGUGCAAUGACCGUGGAACCGGCAAUAGCUCCAAAAUAGAACGAUUAGCAAAAUAAUCUGGUUAUUAAAAGCUCGUUAUGAUGAAGCAGAUGAGUGUUAAAAUCAUAAAAUACCAAAUAUGUGUUACUAAACAUGUACAUGGUUUUCUGAUAUUUCAUUGUUGCACAUUGAUAUUAAAAGCCUUACUGCUGCUGCGGUCGUUACGUACAUGCGCUGUUGCCGUUCUCGUUGCUACCGUGGGCCAACACAUAUGGUAUGGCAUUGAAUGUGGGAAUAGGAAUGUGCAGACUCAUGCCACGCACUGCAGUCGUAGAGCUGUUUACCAGUAUUCGAUUUGCUGACUCAGGAAUUUGUUUUCGCUUUUCACGAUUAUUCUAUCACUCCUAAUAAAUCGGUGCCUAACAUAUUUGACUUUACCGCAAAGUGUAAAGUUUGAGGCCAUUUCCUUAACCUAUUUUCCAUUUGACAUUUUCGCGCGGUGAGACGCAAUCUCAAAAAUAUUUCGAAGGCAUUACAAAAGAGUAUACUUUGUUCUUACACGUUGAAAUUGAUGUUGAAACUUUUAAUCCUCAAUAUCUCAUUAUAUAAAAUAACAAACAAUAUAAACAUUAACUUCGGUUGCACCGAAGCUUAGAUACACUACACAAAUACAAGAUUCCAAAUGUUAAAGACAGACAUAUGGUUUCUGUACAACAAUGUUCAAUAAAAGCUCAGGAAACAAUAUGGGUAUGAUGGUAUAUGUUUGACUUAUCAGCUGAUGCAAAAAAAUUUAAUUCAACUAAAAACAAAAAUAAACACAAACCUGGCAUGAACCAAAUUGCUUAUGACAGCAAAGAAUCUUAUAAUAUUUUAUUACCUGAGGAGGAAAACAAAUAAUUUUACACUAUCUCUAUGGGCAUUAAAAAAGACCAAGCAAUAUUGCCUUGCAACAACAUUUUUUCGAUUUUUUUUAUUUUUUUAUAAUAUUUCCGGUUAUUUUAGUUUUUAAGCUUUAAGCUUUGGGUGUGUUCAGUGGAAUACAUAAUGGUACAAUAUAGAACACCAUAUAAUUUCAUUGGUUUUUUGAACACUAUUGUAGUACAGAACUCCAUUUGCUUUGGAACAAAAAUUGGUUUACCAUUUAUACAAUUGGUUUCUGUAGCAUACUAAAAUAUGUCUGUCUUUGGCAUUACAAACACUAGAUUCCGAUGGUUUAGUUUGUAUGACAGCUUUAGUGAUCCGAUCUGAACAAUUUCUUCGAAGAUUGCACCAUUGCCUCGAACAAUAAUUCGUGCCACAUUUGGUAAGGAUAUUUCGUAACAUGAAAAAGUUUUUCAUAUAAGCACUUGAUUCCGAUCGAUCGGUUUGUAUUGAAGCUAUAUGCUUUAGUGAUCGUAUAUGAACAAUUUCUACGGAGAUUGCACCAUUGGCUUGAACAAUAAUCCGUGCCAAAUUUGAUGUAGAUGAACAAUUUCUUCGGAGAUUACACCAUUGCCUUAAACAAUAAUCCGUGCCAAAUUUUGGUGAAGAUAUUUCGUUAAAUAAAAAAAUUUUCAGUCUGUCUGCCGUUCCAGACGCUGAUCACUUGCAUAUAAACAUUAUAAUGUCCCCGACCUUUCCUUUAGGGUGUUACAAUCAUCGUGACAAACUUAAUAAACUCUGUUCAGGGUAUAAAAAAGUAUAAAGCAAAUUGAAAAAAAAAUAUUGAUUAAAUAUUAAACUUUUUAUCAUUUUAAUAUGGUAAAUUUAUUUUUUGAUAAAAUUUCAACAUAGUUCAGAACAUUUUUACAUUAAAAUACGUAUAGUUUUUUUUCAUUUGGAAAUGUUUUAAUUUUUCCUUUUCAUUCCACAUUUUGAUUUAAAAAUUUCUUAUAUUAUUUGUUACACCAAUUUUUAAAUUAAAACAAUUUUAUCAAUUUGUAGUUCUAAUUUUGAGACUAAAUAAAAAUUUCUAAUAUUUUUCCGAUUUUGGAAAAUUUAUUUUUACAUCUUAACUUUUGUGUUAUUAAAUUCGCAACCCUGAUCCAUCGAAUAAGUGAGUUAUUGUUCAGGUUCAGAAUGAAGGGAAUUUAUAAACAGGGCCUCAACUACUAAGUUGUCUUUCCCUCGCUUAUAAUGACGUUUAGCAUUAUAGCUUGCUAUAAAAGCUUUCCACAUUUUUAUUUUUGGCUUAGAAUUUCGAUCGGAUACUGCCGAAAUGUUCUCGCAAUAAUUAUUAAACACAUUUAUUUGGUAUUGAUCAAUGGGAAUUUUAUUUUUUUAAAUUGAGAGGACGAAACCUUACGAAAUCAACCUCUAAAGACAUAGAGUAAAGGCUUGGCAAAUUCCGCGUAGUGGAGCACAAAGCACCCAGACAUUUCUAGAAAAUACCGAACACCCCUUAAGCUUGUUGGUUGAGGAAUGUUUUGGAUUGCUCAAAUUUUCUGCUGGUAGGUCUUAAUUCCUCCUUUUGAUAUCCGAAUGGAAAAAUAUUCUAGUUCUGGUUUAUUAAAAGUUGAGAAACUCUGAAGUUUUUUUUUUUCUUUUUUUGCUGUCGACCACUAUGGUUUUUAUACUUUGGCAAUAUGUUGCUACAUGGUAUAAUAGUUUUGAUCACGUAACGGUUGAACGACGAGAUCAGACGAGUUGAAUUUUGAGUGACUGUCUGUCUGUCCGUCCGUUCAAGCGAUAACUUGAGUAAAAAUUUAGAUAUCUUGUAUAAAAUUUUUAAUUUGUUAAUACUAAUCUCUACAGACAACAAAUGAUAAAUUUGAGCGAUGUAUUGAGACAAAAACGACCAGAACGAGCCAAAAGACACGGUAAAGUAAUUUUGUUACACCACAAUACACUUGCAAACAAAGCAAAAUCGGUGCAGGCCUUAUUCAGGUGGCCGUAUUCACCAGGCACCUUCCGAUUAUCAUUUGUUUUUAUCGAUGGGACACGCAUUGACUGUACAGCACUUAGAUUCCUACGCAGAAAUCGAAAAUUGGGUGUCUGAUCGGUUUGCUUCAAAAUACGAACAUUUCUAUUGGAAUGGUAUCCACAAAUUCCCAGAAAGGUGGUCAAAAUGUGUGAAUAAUAUUUAAAUUAUCCUAUUUAGCUGCUGCUACACCAAUAAAAAAUAUAAUUGUAAUAUGCUGCUUUCUUGUUUUUGAUAGACGGACCAAAACUAUUGAGUUCCUCGGCCAUAAUUUUCCAAAAUGUUGUUGCUUCUUCAUUAGGGCACUUUGUAAAACCCUGCGCCAUUUCGGGUUUUUGUUGUAAAAUAUCAAUCAUAAGCGCAUUUUUGGUUGUAAUUAUUUUAUACCUGGUAAACAUGAAAUGUUAUUUUACUCGUAACAAAUACAGUUUUAGUUUCAUUUGAAUAAAAACAUACAUUUUCUACUUUUUCGAUUUAUUUUUCCGCAACCAAAAACUUGUCGUAGACAAAUUCCGCGAAAAUUCAAAAUUUAACGUUUCGAGUGUAUUCAGUGAAUUCCACUCUGUGAGUUUCAAACUUACGUUUGGAGAUGUUCGAAUUGCAUGAUAGCAAUUUCGUAAAAUUCCCAGAAACACAGUAUACGAUGGAUAGCGUGAUAGAGCUGAAUAUAUCAGAAUAAAAAUUUGCUCGCAUAUUUCCUUGAAGGUAUGCCAUUUCAGGUCUAAAAAUUGACAAAAUCGGACCAUGAAUACGGAAUCGGACCAUUAAAUAGUUUCAAUUUUGCCAACACCUGAAGGGUAUUUCCCCGUCUUUGAUCCUUGCAAGUUGCAAAAAAAUUGAGCUCAAUUAUUUUAGUCAAAAAUAUUUAACACUUCCUUAACAAUUCAAAAGAAGCCUUAACUUAAUUGUGUAACUACAAGUGCAUUACUUAUUUUAUGUUCCGUUCUUUAUCGUAUAAUAGUGAGUAUUGAUGAUAAUCUCAACUUUGGUGAAUUGUACAAUUUCAAGGAUUUUUUCCACUCUUCCAAAAAAAAAUUCCUUCCAUGUUGACUAAGUUGAUUAAUAACACUAGUUUACAGUCAUUUUGCGACUAUGAUGUUAGAGGCUGUUUCUUGCUAAUGUUGGGUUGCUAAAACCGAAAAUUAUAGUAAAAAUUUCCUAACACGUAGGAUUUUUGGUGUUGACGUCAAGGGGUACUAUUUAAUAGCGAAGGAACAUUUUUGAAUUCAAAUUUGUAAUCAAGACACAUUAAAGAAAGACCGUUAAUCACAUCAGUCGUAUAUUUUUUCUACAGAUUUGUUGAGUAGUGUAAUAAGACGUUUUCACUUAUUUUUCAGGAAUGCCCAACAUUGGGCACCAGUAAAGAUUAAACUUGGGUAUUACCAUAUUCAUUAUUUUAUUUAUUGCAUGGAAAGAAUAACUAAACAGCUUUAAAAUUUUGUUUCGCACUAAAUUGUCAGUUACUUUUAGUGGGUUUAUUUUUGGCAUCACGCCCUUUUUAUAUCAUCUGUUCGAAGAUCCCUGAUUUUCAUCGCCACAAAACUUAACAAGACGCGUUUAAGAAAAAAUUUGGAGAGUUUCUCAUCGUGUCAUCAUGUCAUCGGUGCUUUUACAUGUACAUUUUUUGAAAAGAAAGUAUCACCCAAAGAUAGUUAAAACAAAAAUACGGAAGAGUUUGAAUGUACAUAAAUAUAUACAUACUGUCGGACAAAAGAAAGAGAUUGAUACACUAGCAAGUUCAAAAAUCGAAUGUACAAUAAGUAGCGAGAACUCUCAGAAAAAAACUUUUCAGAUGUGAGAUAACGCUACGAGUAUAUAAGGACCAAGUCAAAGGCUAUCGCAAAUUCAGUUGAAUAUUCGUAGAGCAAUAUUUUCUGAACUAUCUUAAUGUAUUCGCUGAAUGUUAGAACAUGUUACGUGUUUACGUCGUAACAUCAUUGUUCAAAAGAAGUGUCGUCAAUAUUUACUAUUAUUGCAUUUUAAAGUAUGUAGGUCGGAAUGAGAGGAACUACGACUGUGUGAUUGAGCACUCAAAUAAAGACACCAACACAGAACUAUGUAACCUUACAUUUUGAGAAUAUUCUUAUUCUUUCGUGAAACAAGCAAUUCUAUGCAAUUCUAUGCAUUUUUAUUCAUUUAUA